AUGGCUGUAGAGAAACAGUUAUGAAGAUCCGCGGUUCUACAAGAAAUGAAUAUGUCGCAAUUGACAAAUUAACAAAGAAGCCUCCAAAACAACCCGGGAUACAGGGGCCCGUGGAGAGGGUCAGGGAGAGGAGCAGACCUCUGGCACCGGCCCUGGGAGAGAGGAGGGGCCACAACAGAGGGAGGAGGACUGAACAAGCCCAUUGGACAUCUGCCUUGGGACAGAGCCAUGACCAGUCUUGAGCCGGAUAGAAGGCUGGACUCCACACUCUGACUGAAACCUCCAACCUCAAGCACAAAACUGAGACAGGUCUCGGUCUAGACCUCCAUACCAGGCCAGAUGAUGAAGAGCCUCCAGUUCAGAAGCAUCGCCCCCAAGGCCCCAGCAGCGUUGGUUCCCUCCCCGGCCGCCGUCCUGUCCUGCCAGCACCCCUCUGCCCUCCCGGAAGCAGCCUCCACAGCCGUCAGCUCCAAGUCUAUCCUGGUCCCGGCCCAGAACUAUGCCCUGAUGCAGGUGGCAGGGCAGGAGGGUACCUUCUCUCUGGUGGCCCUACCGCCCUCCGUAUCCCCUCAGUCGCCACAGCAGCAACAACAGCAGCAGCAACAGCCAAUCCAGAAAAACCUGAAGCUGCCCAUCCCCAGGUACCAGCCAGUGAGGACCAAGAACACCCCGGAGAAGGUCAAAUCAGUCACGCCCACCGCUGGCAGCGCCAGGGGGGUGAAGACACCCACCAAGGUUGCCGUGACAUCCUGGGAACAACGGUCAAUAGCAGCAGUAAAGAAGAAGUUGUCAUUGCCUGAGCCCAAGGAGGAGCCAUCAGAACAGGUCAUACUGAUCGACUCUUCAGCCUCCUCUGAGAUCUCAGCCCUCACAGCCCUGCUCCCAGACAACGCUGUGCUCUACUCUGGCUCUCCGCUGGAGCGAAUAGCAGUGGUGGACACCACCACCGACCACCGGUCCACUCCUGCCCACGCCCCCGGCCCUGUCACCAGCAUGCUGCAGAACCUCCACUACCCAUCUGGUGGCGUUACUAAAAGCUCCCCAGUCAAACCAUCACAGGAGGAGAGCAGCGGUAAGGUUGCUAUCAGGCCGUGCCAACCCAAACCUACAGCCCAACAGCCCCAGCCCCAUCCACAGCCAGCUAGUAGCAGCAUCACCGUCCUCUCUCCAGCCAUCUUCAGCAAAGCUGUCCAGAUCAUCCCCUCCCCACCCAAGGGCAAGCUGCCCAUCCUGCCCUACUCCAAGAUGAAAAGCACCCUCAUACCCGCCGCCAAACUCAACCUCAACGCCAUGUCCCCCAAGAAGGCUUUCCCUAGCCAGCCCGGCCUUUCCCCUUAUCCCUCUGAUCCCCAGUCCAAGACCCCGGAGACUGCUGAGGCCCUAUGUCAGAACCACAUGCCAAACUCCCUGCUGCAGAACCAGGCACAGGCCAAGACCACAGGCACCCUGUCGCUGCUGGGAAUGCUACAGAUCCAGAAACCACCGGGCAAGAAGAGGGGGAGGAAGAGGAAGACAAUGGAGGACAUUCUGGCCUUCGAGGCGAGGAAGAAGAGGUCGUUGUCGUUCUUUCGGAGGAGGGUGCCAGAGAAGCCUUCUCCCUCAGCCGUCAUCUCCUCCCCGCUGUAUAAACAGCAGAGGGAGGUGGACAUCUCUAAGAAGUACCGCAGCAUCAGACCCAAACCUCACCACAUGCUGCUGAUGGAGACUGUACCCCAGCUGGUCAGCCUGCCCUCCCUCACCUCCUCUGACAGCCUGGAUCCAGAGCUCCUCGUGGGGCAUCAGCUCUCUGCCGAGGUCCUGGAGCCUGGUCCUCCCCAGCCCCAGCCAGCCUCUACCCCGCUAUACCUGAAAGGGGGCCCUUCUCAGAGGGUCUACCUGGGCAGUAGCCAGCCCCUCCAUCGCUGCCCUACCUGCAGCCGCUGCUUCCAGUUCAAACACCACCUCCAGAGCCAUAUGAACAGCCACACAAACAGCAGGCCUUACUUGUGUCCUGUGUGUCGUAAGGCCUAUGCCCACUCUGGCUCCCUCAGCACCCACAUGAAGCUGCACCACUCUGACGGGAGACCACGGCGGACGCUUCGCUGUGAGUUCUGUGAGAAGGCGUUUGGCUACGUGGGAGUGUACUUCAGCCAUUUGAGGGAGGUGCAUAAGGUCAUCCUGACCGUGGAGCCGUCCAUCAGCCAGCAUGAAGAUGAUGUGCCUGUGGAGGGGGCCAUGUCUCCAGACCUGGGGGACGAGCAGGGCCAGAAAGAGCGAGAGGACCCGGUGGAACUCCAGAUCAAGUGUAGCCGCUGUCAGGCCAUCACCCCCACCUUCGCUGACAUGAAGCUGCACCUGCUGUACGUGCACGGAGAGGAGGUCCAGGUGCGCCUGCGGGACGGGGCUGGGGGGGUGGGAAGGUCACUGCGGGGGGGCCGGGAGGCAGAGGACGAGCUGGUGAAACACGCCGCCCACUACUGGCGCCAGCUCAACGAGAAGAGGAACCUAGUCCGGUGCGGGAGCUGUGAUGAAGAGUUCUUCUCCUUCUCCAAGCUGAAGCGUCAUAUCCUCUCCCACCACCAGGGGGGACCGGAGAAUGAUGGAGAUGGAGAGGGAGAGCCGACCGGCCGCUCAGCCCGAGGAGGGAGAGGGGUCCUGAGGCAGGGAUUGGUGUUUAACUGUGUGCUGUGCAGUCAGGUCCUGGACAGUAAGGAGGAGGUGAUGGAGCACUGGAUGGGCCACCACCACUGUGAGGAGACCGAGGUACUCUGGGAGGCCCUCGGCUCCUACUCGGGGGACAGGGAGAUGGACUCGCCCGACCACAGCACACGUUAACAUGGCACUGGACACGUUCCAGGUCGUCUCUGUUGCAGUCACGUUGCACAUCUCAGAAGAUUGACUUUACCUAUUCCUUCUAGCUUCUAGGGAAGCGAAGGGCCUGAACUGUGCAUCAGAAGAUUGCUAUACCAUAUCAACGUGGUUUCUGAGAUGUUAAAAAAUACUUCUCCAGGCGUUGUGGGAUCUGAUAAUAGGGGCAGCCUGACUGCAAUAAAUAUGACCUGAAACGUACCCACUAUCUGUGUCUGUCUGAGCCGAUCCUGCACUGUGGGCUGCUCUCAAACACACCAAGUUAGUCCCUAUUCACACUAUCCAGCCGACCCCAACGAUGCAAUGGGGACUUUCAAGUGGUCCUUUCUAGUACAUUUCCAGCAACUAUGGUGGAUGGGUAACCACUAACCAGGCAAGUACAGCUCAACUCAGUAUGGUGAAAAGGGUAUUAGUCCAUACAGAGGUCAGUUAUAGCACAGGUUAGUUUGUUAGAGAAUCCACUUGAUACAUUACAAAUUAUUAUUUUGGUAUUUUGUGGACUGCACAGUUUUUUGUUUUGUGUCGUGUGUUGAUUUAGUUUUUUGACGUUUCAUAUUUUUGUUUAAUAAAAUGGAAAGGAUUGGAUUGUUUUGUAUUGCAUACAGUGCCUUGCAAAAGUAUUCACCCCCCUUGGCGUUUUUCCUAUUUUGUUGCA